AUGCGAGAUUGGGUUACAGCGUUGCUUGAUGAGAUUCGAAUGGUAGAUACUCAGCAAAGGAGAAUCGCAGAGGAAAUUCAAGAUCUGAAAAGGAUUUUGCAGAAGAUGGAAGAUGAAGAAGUUAGUAAGAAGAUUAAGUCCGAUGAUCUGCCAAGAAUGAAUGAAAUAGAUACAUUGGUUCCUGGGAUAUAA